AUGGCGAUUUCCCUGGGUGUUUUCUCGAGCUUCUUGCCAGGUGAAACGAUACCGUUGCCAGAGACUUUGGCUGCAGUAUCGAAAUCGGCCACGGAGACCAACAAGCGCGAGCCAAGGGGCAUAAUGAAGCCCCGCCGAGUAUCUCCGGAAAUGCAGGCGUUUCUCGGAGGCGUCUCAGAAAUCUCCCGCACUCAAGCGCUUAAAGAGAUUUGGGCUUACAUUAAGCAACACGACCUUCAGGUAAUCAUCUGCGAUGAGAAUCUGGAGAAUAUUUUUGGAGGAAGAGACGGUGUUGGGUUCCUCUAGAUUGCUGGUUUGAUCAAUCCUCACUUCCUGAAGUAAUUUAGUUUCGGAUUAUUCUCUUUGUGCCGAGGGGGUUUACCGAAGCGUUUACCCCCCCUCUCACAAACACGCGGGCCUCGCGUGUAUUUAAUAAUGUCGAGCCGUGGUCCCCAACUAGAUGAUGUGAGUAGGGUGUAAACGGUUAGGUAAACCAUUAUGUACGUGUAGUACGGUCCUUUAGUUUCAGGCUCGACUUCUUGCAAGGAUAGAGGCACUUGAUUUUGUAAAUGAGGCUGUUUCAUGUUUGGUUGAUGAUAUAACUAUUAAAAAACAUCAAAGUGCUCCUCCUCAUAGACCAGUUUAAAUCGCCUGUAUGCGUAAUUUUGCCUUUGUGAUCUAAAUGUAGGUUUUGAAAGUGAAAUGUUAGCUGUCUUCAAAAUUCUGAAUCUAUCUUAUGCUUUUGCC